AUGGACUCCGAAACCUGCUAUCACAACUACGCCUACACUCUGCAAAAGUACCUGCUUCUGCAAGAGCAACACGAGCAACUCUGCACCAGCCUCGAACAGAUCCGCCCGCGCACUGCAUCGACCGGCACUCUUUCCACCAUCUCCUCUCCCAGCACCUCACCCGUCCGCUCCUCCAUCUUCGCCUCCGCCGAACGACGACACUCCCGCUCUGGCCAACGCCGCUCCUCAAGGGCGCACGGACGGUUCAAUGGCUGGGAAGACCAGCUCGACACCAUCGUCGAUGAAGACACCAUCUACCAGAUCUCCGCCGAGGAGCAGCGUCUCUUUGACGUCAACGAGAGCAUCAAGCGGGCCUUGACUGAGCUGCUCAACUGCGACGCCGUGCGAAGUGACAUGACGACCCGCAUGUGGGCUCAGACCCGACUGAUGGAGACUGAAAAGGAACUCCGAUCAGGGCGACGGAGGCGAAGCUCCCCGAGCCGGGACUGA